AUGGUCCGUUUCAAAAAUCGGUGGAUCCUGGUUGAAUUCCUUACACCAUCUAACGCAGAGCCCACACGCGAGCUCAGCGGCCAGGCGAUCUUUUCUGCGCUGCGCGAGAGCGUGGUGACCAACUUCGGCGAUGUUGGAUGGGGCGCUGUUGGGGCUUCACUCAGUGUGAAGUACUUCUCGCCAACAACGAAUCUCUGCAUCAUUCGCGUCGGGCGAGACCCGCACCGUAUAGCGUGGGCGGCAGCUGCACUCCUCACGUCAAUCGACGGCCGCCAAGUCAUUCCAAACGUCGUGCAUGUCUCUGGGACGAUCAAGCACACACAAUUCGCUGCGAUCGAACAUAACCGGGUGAUCAUAGCAAAGUUCAGAGCGAAGGCCAAGACGCCAGCCGGAUACCAGGACAGCUACUCACAGUUCCUCGAAACGAGUACUCGCGAAAUCAGCGCACUACAAGACUGA